GUAAGCGAGCUCCGAGUAAAGGGGCGGGGUUUGUUCUCGGCGGCGGCGGCAGGGCCCGGCCCUGCCCCGGCCCGCCCUCCUUGAGUCACCAUUCGGUGGAAAGGGCUCCGCUCGCUCUCCCCAUGCGCUGGCGGCGCUUUCUCUGCCGCGCGCUGUCAGUUAUGACGGGACCAAGGCCAGUUGUCCUGAGUGGGCCGUCCGGUGCGGGGAAAAGCACUCUGCUGAAGAAACUCCUGAAAGAUUAUGAGAACGUCUUUGGCUUCAGCGUCUCCCGUGAAUACCACAAGGCAACCAAGACCCGGAGAAAUGAACGGAAAAGAUUACCAUUUUGUGACCAGGGAAGAGAUGCAGAAGCAAAUUGACGCUGGAGGAUUCAUUGAAAAUGCAGAAUUUUCUGGGAACAUGUACGGAACAAGCAAAGCCGCUAUUCAGGCUGUGCAAGCGCAGAACCAGAUCUGCAUUUUGGACAUAGACAUGCAGGGUGUGAAGAACAUCAAGAAAACUGACCUUAAUCCCAUCUACAUCUCUGUCCAAGCCCCGUCCAUAGAAGUCUUGGAAAAACGGUUACGGGACAGACAGACAGAAACGGAGGAUAGUUUACAGAAGCGGCUGAACGCAGCUCGCAUCGACAUGGAACUUAGUAAGGAGCCUGGGCUUUUCGACUUGAUCAUCAUUAACAAUGAUUUAGAAGAAGCAUAUACCGAGCUGAAAAAUAUUCUUACGGAGGAAAUCCAGAAGGUGCAGGGAUCCAAGAAAUCAUGAAUAGCCGCUGGAACCUUUGCAGUCCAUUCCCGAUGUCUUUUUGCUGCUUGUUCUUCUGUGUUAGAAACAGACACACACACAUUCCCUUUUAGCCUGAUAAUGGAAUUCUUUUAGGGCACUUUCUAUUAAAGAAGAAAAUAUCAAACCCAA